UGCCCAGAGGAAGGGGGAAGCCAGGACCUGUUUGGGGGCCCAGCCCCCAAUCCCACCUAGCAGAGGAAGCCAAGGUCAGGGCAGCCGUGAUUGCUCCCUGGUCCUGGAGAGGAAACUGCAGCAAGAGUCGGGGUUGGACCCAGGAAGACACAACCAGAGGUUCCCAGAGAAGUGUCACCAAGCCUGUGGAGGGUCACGUCUGAGGAAGGUCCGCUCUGCAUGCCCUGUGCCUGAUGAAGGAAGGACAAGAUGAAAUCCACCAAGUGCAUGUGAGGAACUCAGAUUAGACAACAGGAACUUGGAUUUGAGAAGCACUAGGCUCAAAUUCCAGGUUAUUUGUCAGAGUUAGGAAGCAGCUAUGCGCAGACCACCGAGUCUGGCCAGAAGGUACGGCCUGUAGUUCACGCAUUAAUAGAGGAGUCCAACUCAACGACCUCGAGGAUCCUGUCCUGAUCUCAGAUUCUUUGUUAGAGCUCACAGAUUGAGUGGGUCCUGGAAGAGAAGUUAGGAUGGACCACAGCCUCCUUCCUGCCCCUCCCACCAACAAUUCUGUCAUCCUAGAGACAGGAGAAUAAGAUCCCCCCAAACAUAUUGGUCCCUCAGCUUCUGCUCCUCGAGAGGGUCCCUUGGCACAAGUGUCAGCCAGACCAGGACCCCUCAGGAGGUGGUCCUGGGAAGAGACCAAGAGAAGGACCAGGAUGUGCUCAUGAACUGCAGAUAAGAGAUACCCACACUCAGGGCUCAGAAAGAGAUUUUCAGCUGAUGAAGAACUAGGAGGCUCAAACACCAUCCUGUCUGGGUCUAGGACGAGUGACUUGGAGAGAGUGCUCUUCCCUGGCAGGACAGGAUGGCCCAAGAGCUUAACGAGAAGGACCUGCUGAGGAUGGAGGUGGAACAGCUGAAGAGGGAAAUGAAGAAUUCGAGAUUGCCAAUUUCCCAGACAGGAAAGGAAAUCAAGGAUUAUGUGGAGGCUCAAGCAGGAAAUGACCCUCUUCUCAAAGGCAUCCCUGAGGAUAAGAAUCCCUUCAGAGAGAAAGGCGCCUGCAUGAUAAGCUGAUGACAUCAGAGCCCAUCACUUGGAAUGUCGGUCCCUCCUCACUGAGGACCAAGUAUCCUCGGACACUCAGGCAGCCAGUGAAUUUUCACCUUCUCCUCAUCAUAGAAUGAGUAAAGAUACCUGAAUGAAUGCACUGUGCAUCUAUUCCCAACCCACCCCUCCGCUCUUCUGUUACUCCGCCCCCUCUGGGUCCCUGCUGACCCAGCUGAGGAAUACUCUAAGAAGAGCUACCCUGGCUGAACAGCUGGCACCAGGGGUGGCAGGGGGUGGAGAGCCAUCCUUAGGAGGCACUUGCUUCUCCUUAGAACCCAUCCAUUUUUCCCUUCCACUUUCUUCCUAGAAAAAAGUGUUUCCCUAAUAGAAUAGUUUGGGUUUGGAGCCCAGGUCAGGGUGUUCCUUCUCCCCCAUCUCAUGUCCUAUCCUGUGGCCCUCUUCCCAGCCAUUUAGAUCACUCCAGCU